CGUGGCUUGGCCGGGCGGCUCUCGCGAGACUUGGCACUUAUAAGCGCAGGCCGCGUUCACGCGGCCGCCUCUUUUGCGCCCAGCCAAGAUGGCGCCGAAGGCGAAGAAGGAGGCUGUCCCAGCGAAGACGGAGGCAAAAUCCAAAGCACUUAAAGCGAAGAAAGCCGUGUUGAAAGGGGUCCACAGUCACAAGAAGAAGAAGAUCCGGACGUCUCCCACCUUCCGGAGACCAAAGACUUUGCGGUUACGUCGGCAGCCCAAGUAUCCCCGGAAGAGCGCCCCGAGGAGGAACAAGCUUGACCACUAUGCCAUCAUCAAGUUCCCACUGACCACUGAGUCGGCCAUGAAGAAAAUUGAGGAUAACAACACUCUGGUCUUCAUCGUUGACGUGAAGGCCAACAAGCACCAGAUCAAACAGGCGGUCAAGAAGCUGUAUGACAUUGACGUGGCCAAGGUCAACACCUUGAUCAGGCCUGACGGGGAGAAAAAAGCCUACGUCCGUCUCGCUCCAGAUUACGACGCGCUUGAUGUGGCCAACAAGAUUGGGAUCAUCUAAGCGAAGGCCGGCCAGCGGGGGCUCCAACGCAGCGUCUGUACAAGAGGUUUACAAACUGUUCUACAAAACUAUUCGAAGAUUUACAAUAAAUUAACCCGAACACCA